AUGGGGUUACACUUGGAGAGCUUGGUGGAGACAAUAAAGUCAAAGGUGAGUUCGCUGAGGAGGAAGAAGAAGAAUAAACCAUACAUAAAAAUGGAUAAAAGCAGCAGCGUCAGGGUCGAGAUCCGUCGUAAGAAGACCAGAGAUCUCAUCAAUAAGACCUUGAAGGUUGCUGAUCGUCCUGGCCAACGAGCUCUUUGCUGA